AUGCGUCUCCUUGCAGCGCUUGGGUUGUUAUCAACUUUUUCGAUUGCUUUUGCUUCUCACCACACAGCCAAGCGAGCCCCGAAGGAGAAUAAUACCACCACGACCCCCGAUUACGAUUAUGUGGUGGUAGGAUCAGGCCCAGGUGGCGGUCCCCUCGCAGCCCGACUCGCUAUUGCCGGAUACAAGGUCCUUAUAUUAGACGCAGGAGAUGACCAGGGAAAUGCUACCAGGCAGAUGGUUCCUGCUCUGCAGCUUCAGUCUACCGAAUACGAGCCGAUGAGAUGGGACUAUUUUGUCAACCAUUAUUCUAACUUGACUCGUCAGGAGGAGGACUCAAAGAUGACCUACCGUACUCCCGCAGGUGAUCUGCAUGUCGGAAGCAAUGCUCCGGCCGAUUCUGAACCAUUGGGUAUCUUAUACCCCAGAGCAGGUACUCUGGGAGGUUGUUCGGCCCACAAUGCCAUGAUCACUAUUUACCCAUACGAGAAUGACUGGGAACAGUUGGCUAGCGUGACUGGUAAUGACUCCUGGUCAGCUGCCAACAUGCGCCAGUACUUUGAGAGACUGGAGCGCAACCGAUACCUCCCAAGCAGCUUAGCUGGUCAUGGGUUCGAAGGCUGGCUCACAACCAGUUUGACCGACUUGCGUCUUGUGAUUGAAGACCAAAAGCUUCUUUCUUUGAUUCUCGCUGCUGCAACUGCCGCGGGUCAAAGCUUGCUGGGCAAGCUGAUCAACACCGUGACGGGUCUGGCAGAAGUGUUGCUACGUGAUCUCAACAACCCCCUUCCUACGCGUGACUACGAUGAAGGUCCAUACCAAGUUCCUCUUGCCGUCGAUGUUCCCGAAUACAAGCGCACAGGUCCCCGGGACUUUCUUCUCAAAACUGCAAAUGCUGUGAACUCAGAUGGUUCGCGCAAGUACCAUCUCGAUAUCCAGCUAAACACUUUGGUUACGAAUGUUCGGUUCGAUAAUACUGGAUCGAAGCCCCGUGCUACCGGUGUCGACUAUCUGCUGGGCCAGAGUCUUUAUCGGGCGGAUCCUCGAGCCUCCCGGACAUCUGCCGAUGGCACUCCAGGGAGUGUGAACGCUGCCCGGGAGGUCAUUCUUGCCGCUGGAUCCUUCAACACCCCACAACUACUCAAACUCAGCGGCAUCGGUCCGAAGCAAGAGCUUUCGAAGCUUGGAAUCUCGACGCUUGUGGAUCUUCCAGGAGUUGGUUCUAACAUGCAGGACCGCUACGAGGUGGGCACGGUUGGAAAGUCGGCAACCGAUUUUGUUUUAACCUCCAAGUGUACAUUCAUGUACACCAUGCCCGAUCCCUGUUUGGACCAGUACGAGAACGACCCCAUCUUCAAAGGCACUUACACCACGAACGGAAUUGCAAUUGCAGUUAUCCGUAAAUCCUCGGCUGCCGAGGACGAGCCUGAUCUGUUGAUUUCGGGAGCGCCAGUCAACUUCCCCGGUUACUACCCCAACUACUCCUACGAGGGAUUGAAGGAUGCCCAACAUUGGACUUGGAUUACCCUGAAAGCGCGCAGCCGGAACAAUGCUGGAACGGUAGAGCUGCGAUCUGCUGAUCCUCGGGAUAUGCCAAUCAUCAACUUCAAUUCAUUCGACUCCGGAGUUACCACCGACGGUGCCGAUGAAAAGGACUUGCAGGCUAUUUACGAAGCCAUGCAGUUUUCCCGUGACAUCUUUGACGAUCUCAUUCCACUCGACGGCGGAUUCGAAGAAGUGUGGCCUGGGCCCAACAUUACUACCGAAUCCGCAAUGAAAGAUUUCAUCAAGCAGGAGGCUUGGGGUCAUCAUGCUUGCUGCACGGCUGCUAUUGGAGACGACAACGACCCCCAAGCCGUGCUGGACGCGGAUUUCCGUGUGCGCGGUGUCACUGGCCUUCGUGUGGUAGAUGCCUCCGUCUUCCCCAAAAUCCCGGGCUACUAUAUCGCUUUGCCCAUCUAUAUGAUCAGCGAGAAGGCCGCUGAAGUCAUUAUCGCUGACGCUACCUGA